GGGGCGGGACGGCGGGGUGAACCGCGAUCAGCGGGUCGUUGUCGGGGCUGUGCGCUGCCGGUCCGCGCUGCUGGACGACUCUUCUCCCCGCUCCGCUCCUGUCGCCCCGGCGGAGCGCGGCGCGAUGGCGGUGGGCGGCUACGGGCGGUACCGGGCGGUCAUCUUCACGGCCAUGUUCGUGGGGUACACGCUGUACUACUUCAACCGCAAGACCUUCUCGUUCGUGAUGCCCGCCGUCAUGGCCGAGGUGCCGCUGGACAAAGACGACCUGGGGCUGAUCACCAGCAGCCAGUCCGCCGCGUACGCCAUCAGCAAGUUCGUGAGCGGCGUGCUGUCCGACCGGCUGUCCGCGCGGUGGCUGUUCUCCGCCGGGCUGCUGCUCGUCGGGGCCGUCAACGUGCUGUUCUCGUGGAGCGGCUCCGUCGGAGCCUUCGCCGCGCUGUGGUUCCUGAACGGGCUGGCGCAGGGGCUGGGCUGGCCGCCGUGCGGGAAGGUGCUGCGGAAGUGGUUUGAGCCUUCCCAGUUUGGGACUUGGUGGGCAAUCCUGUCUACAAGCAUGAACUUGGCUGGAGGUUUAGGCCCCAUUGUGGCUGCUCUCGUGUCUAUGAACUACGAUUGGCGCAUGACUUUGUCCUUCUCUGGCUUCAUCUGCGUGGUUGUCUCUUUUGUUUGCCUUGUCCUGAUUAAAAAUGAGCCAGCGGAUGUUGGGCUGCCCAACAUUGACCAAGGAACCAAGAAGGGGAAGAAAGGUUCCCCCAGUGACGACAGCACUUUGGCAGAGCUGCUCCUCUCGCCGUACCUUUGGGUGCUCUCUACAGGCUACCUGGUGGUGUUUGGUGUGAAAACCUGCUGUACUGACUGGGGACAGCUCUUCCUUAUCCAGGAGAGGGGACAGUCUGUGCUUGUGGGUAGUUCCUACAUGAGUGCCUUGGAGAUUGGGGGCCUGGUGGGAAGCAUUGCUGCUGGAUACCUUUCUGACAGAGCCGUAGCAAAAGUCGGUCUGUCAAACUACGGGAACCCUCGGCACACGCUGCUCCUUUCCAUGAUGGCAGGGAUGUGUGCCUCCAUGUUCCUUUUCCGGGUGACAGUCACAGGCGACUCUCCCAAGGAAAAUCACUUCUGGACUGUAGCCUUCCAACCUCUUGCUGAUCUUACAGGCCUCAAAGAACACGAGCUGUGGAUCCUGACUCUGGGAGCUGUGUUUGGGUUUUCCUCAUAUGGGCCCAUCGCCCUCUUUGGGGUUAUAGCCAACGAAAGUGCCCCUGCCAACCUCUGUGGCACCUCCCACGCUAUUGUGGCUCUGAUGGCCAAUGUUGGGGGAUUUCUGGCUGGACUGCCCUUCAGUACCAUUGCCAAGUACUACAGCUGGGCCACAGCCUUCUGGGUGGCUGAAAUCACCUGUGCUGUUUGCACCGUGGCUUUCUUCUUAUUGCGGAACAUCCGCACCAAGAUGGGAAGGAUUCCCAAGAAAGCUGACUGAGGAUGCUGGGUGAAAAGGAUGCUCCUGCACUGAGACGAAUGAAUGAUACUUGGUUUUUAUUUAACUGGCCUAAGAGUGAGUUUACCUGUUGCUGCAACCUAGAUAAACAUCCUCAGUUUCUCAUUCAUUUUCACGUUCCUGAAGACACCAGGUUCCUGCUACUGAUGGCUUUUUCCCUUGAGAUGUGAUAAUUCAGCUUGUUUACAUGUGCAGUGAUUUCACUGUGCCUCCUUUUUACAGCACUGUUGGUGAAGCAAGUGGGUCUCACAGCCUGAGGUACUGAGCUAAAAGUGCUGUACAAUAACUGGCUUCAGGUGCUGUCACAUUUCGUUUUGUCCUUCUUGUUGUUCUCAGCCAUUAACUGUCCUUUUAGCCUCGUUGUUAGGAGCACUGACUUGCACUUAUGCCGUGUUCAUUCAUCUCUUGCAGCUGCUGUAAAUGCAGCUGUCUUAGUUGACUUAGGCCAGAGCUCCCUGCUAUCUCUGCCCUUGAACUGUGACAGAACAGUGAAUAAUGAUUAUUACAGUACAGCUCCACAACUGAUCUGAGAGCGUUGUCGCUUCAGUUUUACCCUGGAUUGGUUUUUAUGAAGCACUGUUAUGUUCUGGACAAGUGGAACACUGAUGUGUUGUGGCUGUGAUGUGGCUCUCCACAGCCUCUUAGAAAUAGGCAGGUUUCCAAGAAAACUCUCAGUACUUCAGGGAAAAGCAUUUAGAGAAGCUCCUUCUGUUAACUGAUCGUGCCCAGCGUGAUUCCUGUUUACAAUGUUAAUCAUUUGCAAAGUAGGCAGCUGCUGCCAGCUCAGCUCACAGUGCACGCUCUGCAGAUCAGCUAGGAAAACUGAGCAGCAGGUAUUGUAGCAGCAGUUGCCACUGCCACCUUCUGUAGCUAGGUUUUAUGGAAGCUACUAUUUCUAGCAUUGAGUUGUGUUCUGUCAUUAAAAGACAUAUAUUCUAGAAUGCUUUCAGCCCAAACUGCAUCUCUUACAGCUCUAGUCUAUCUCAGAGAAAACUGGAGCAGGGAAACCACUGACUGGGCAGCACUGAUCACUCACCCACCACUCUUGGCAAUAAAUAGACUCAGGUUUCUGGUCAUGAUUUGUUGAAUAUCCUCACGUUUUCCCCAGAGGGAUUUAUUGCUUUUGGAUCCUGGAAGAGGAGAGCUCAACUCAUGAAGAAUCACAGGUACUUUACUGAGCAGCUUGGUUGCAAGAGUAGAUGGUCAGCCUUAAUUAAAAUAAUGGAAGUCAAUGUCAUUUUGUACUUAAUUCUAUCUUGUACUAUCUGUGAAAUAAAAAUGGAGCAGUGUC